GAGGGAGAGCACAGCGAGGACGGACUCUGCUGCUGCUGCCUGGAUACUUUGUAUCAGACCAGGAGGAUGGACCUCCAAGAGAACAGCUGCUUAUAAACCCUUUAAAUCCAGACCGGGGACUUACAUAGACCUCGUGGAUCUACCGGGCGUUUCUGAGGAGUCUGCGGUCUCUGUGAGUCUUUGUUCGGCAUCUGUCCUUCACACCUCCAACAUGGACCACUCAGAGAAGGAGACCAGGUCAGACGAUGAGACCGAGUACGAGGACGAGGAGGUGGACCCCAGAAUCCAGGGGGAGCUGGAGAAACUCAACCAGUCCACCGACGACAUCAACAGAUGUGAGACGGAGCUGGAGGAUGCACGGCAGAAGUUCCGCUCGGUCCUGGUGGAGGCCACGGUGAAGCUGGAUGAACUGGUGAAGAAGAUCGGGAAGGCUGUGGAGGAGUCCAAGCCGUACUGGGAGGCUCGCAGGCUGGCCAGACAGGUCACUUCUUUCUCAAGCUCAAAAACAUGUCAGCUCCCUCCUCACAUCUCUCCUCUUCUUCCUCCUGCAGUGGCGUCCGUGUGUUUCGAUGACGAGGCGUGUGGCAGCAGCAGCAUCAUGUCUGAGGAGGACUCAGAGACCCGCUCCACCUGCAGUCUGGGUUCGUCUCCCAGCAGUCCUCAGGAGCUCCUGUCGCCCUCCCCCUUCGCCGGGUCCUCCUCCUCCUCCUCCUCUUCUUCCUCCUCUUGCACGUCCUCCUCUGCCUCUCCCUCACCCACUCCCUCCUCCUCCUCCUCCUCCCCUAGUCCUCCCUCCCGGCCCUGCAGUCUGGACCUCCCCAGCACCGUGUCGCUGUCGGACUUCGGCCUCAUCUCUCCCGUGCUCGGGCCUCGCAGUGAGUGCAGCGGAGCGUCCUCACCGGAGUGUGACCUGGAGAGAGGUGACCGGGCAGAAGGUGCAGAGGGAGAUCUGGACAACGCCCCCGCUGCGAACGCCACAAACAACAACAUGAACAGCAGCUCCGCCUCCACCUCCACCUCCACCUCCAGCACCAAGAAGAGCUUCAGCCUGGAGUCACGCUUCAGCUUCCUGAACCUGCGUCGCCAGCGCACCGACAACGCCAAAAACACGGAGAAGAGCGAGGCGGGGCAGCACGCCGUGGUGUUAGUCAAAGGAGUCUGAGGACACACGGAGGACUUGAUGGAGGGAUUUUGAACUCUCUGAGAGAAACUCUUCAAAGCUGUUUAUAAGCUACAACUUGCACUUCAUGUCUCCACGCUCGCACAGAGACUCUGAAUGUCAUCGUCUUUGUAUAUAAAGUGUUCGUACGUCUCAGCGGCGGUGUGUCUCCCCCGUUCUCCCUCUGAAGGGCGCUGCAACCUGAGGACUCUCACGCCUGAGAAACAAAGAGCGCUGCGGGGAGGAGGCGAGGAUGGAGGGGAGAGACGGUCGGAUAAUGUUCGUUUAAUUUUAUUGUUUUUUCACUAAAAGCUCAAAAAGCUUUCAUCACAAGAGAACACUCGCAGCCUGUGAACGACCAUUUGGAGGACAUUUGUGGUGUCUGUUUAAAAAAUGGUGUAAAGAGUUGAGAGUUGAUGACUGUUAAAUGCUUCUUUCAACAGUUCUGAGAAAUAAAGUCACACGUGGAGUUAAAUGAACGUAAUAAAUAAACGAUUGGUGUCUGAACUCUC